AAGCUUUUUUUUUUGACGGGACAUUUAAAUUAAGCUUAUGUUUGGUUAUGGACAUACUCCGGUAUAGAAACAGAUAAGACCAUGUUUGGGUGAAAACAUUUGUCCUGUGUUAAUAGAAGUACUCUACAGUCAAUUAAUUAAUUCAGUUUUGGUUUCUCGUCAAUUUGAAUAUUUCAGCUGGUUUUCCAUCACCUUUUCGCUGUAAUUUGUACUUUCGGGCCUUCUCAAAAUUGUUUUGGAUUUUAUUCUGAUUUUUUUUCCUCGUACUUUCCCCGAUUUGUCAGUUUUUCUCAUCUUAUUAGGGUUCUUCGUUUGAAGAAAUCCCAAUUUAAUCCAGAAUUGUCAACCUUCAACCAAGUUUAUCACCUUUUCAGCGAAUGAUAAUCAAGUGGAUAAUUGGACAUUGAUAGAGUCUUUCCUUUGUGAGUUUUGGCCUUUGGAGUUGAAUUGUACUGUUUUCUGGACUUGUAGGGGUUGUGUGAUAAUUUUGGUAGUUUUGAGAAUGGCAUCAUCCCGUGGAAACGUUCACUCAGAUACCGCGAAAAAGGAGCAAAUCAUAACUGAGUUUUUCACUAAGACCCUUCAGAUAAUACUAGAAUCUAGGUCACCUUACAUGUCGUCGCGACAUUAUAGUGGAGAGCAGGUUGUAUCAUCCCCAUCACCAUCAUCAUCAUCAUCCCCGUCUUCUUCGAGUUUUAGGACUAGAGACAAAUGGUUUAAUUUAGCCCUCAGGGAAUGUCCUGCUGCCUUGGAGAAUAUUGAUUUUUGGCGUCAGAGUAAUCUCGAACCAAUGGUAGUUGAUGUGAUUCUUGUUCAAAGAUCAAUUGACUGGGAUCCUGUGAAUUUUUCUCCUCAAAGGGAUAUUUUAAAGAACCCCACUUUGAAAGAGCAGGUUUCAAAUUUUAUGAACUUGGAAUCUGAAGAUCCUUGUGUUGUUGAACCAAGGAAUGAAAAGGUUAUAGAAAGAUGGGUGGUGCAGUAUGAGAGCCGAAAGAGUAGAGAUGGUAGUAGUUCAGGGAGCAAAAAAUCUAGUGGUAACUUGCACUCACUGUAUAAGAAGUCAAUAGUGCUUUUGAGAUCAUUGUAUGCAACUCUAAGACUUUUGCCUGCAUACAAACUCUUCAGGGAUCUCAUUUCAUCUGGACAUAUUCAUACAUACACACUUACACAUCGUGUAUCUACCUUUGUCGAGCCCUUCACAAGGAGAGAAGAGGUUGAUAUGCAGCGAUUUAGUUUUGCUCCUGUUGAUACUGCAUGUGGAAGACUUUGUCUUUCAGUGUUGUAUAGAUCUAUAGUUUCUGAUGGGAGUUCGGGACCAUCGACUCCUAUGUCUCCACAAUUCAUACCAGAUUAUGUAGGUAGCCCAUUAGCGGAUCCACUUAAAAGGUUACCUUCUCUUCCCAGGUCUCAUGGGUCCCCAUCGUGUUCCCCGUUUUCAAGACGUCAUAGCUGGAGCUAUGAAAAUUAUCAAGCCUCAUCACCAUUGAACUUACCAUCUCCAUCUCCAUCUCCAUCUCCAUCUCCCACGUACUCAGAUUCUCAUGCUUCAGUGUCUAAGUGUAGGUCCCGACUUCCCCCACCUUUGAGCUUGCCUCAGCAUUUGCCUGAAGCAUUUCAAGCUACUAGCAAAAAUGUUGGAUAUGAUGAGUAUUGGCCUUCCCCUGUGUUUUCUCCCUCUCCUUCUCCUUCUCCACCAAUGUACAUUGCCAGGACUGAUGCAUCUAAGGCUUUAUUGCGAUGUGAAAGCGCUCCUGUCAGCAUUCCUAUUAGUAAGGCUUUCAACAGGGAAAUCCUGCGACCUUCUCCUCCCCCUAAACUUACAAGAGCUGCCACUUUGAAGUCAGAUAGAUCUACAGGUCCAAGUGGCUCAUCUGUUGAGAAGUUUUCUCUGGGAAGAGAUGAAAGUGGAAGGUUUUCUGGGCUCAGAAUAUCAACCAACAGCUCACCCGGCAUCUCUUUUUCUAGGAGUUCUAGUAGACCGUCAAUUCCGGAUGAUUUUGAUGAUGCCGAGUUUGCUUGUCCGUUUGUUGUGGAUGAUGAUGACAUGGGUAGCAGGCCUGAAUCCUUGGAUCAGAAAGGGAAACCAUGUGACCCUCUGGACCACGGAGGAUCAUUCCCUGUUAGAACAUCCCAAGACGCUGCAGUGGGUGCCCUGGUAUUAAUGCUGAAGAAAGCUCCACCUCUCCGCCAGGAUUCACUGAUGGCCUCAAAGGCAGACAUUGAAGAAGCUGUUCUAAAACCAGACAAUCAACAACAGUCACAGAAGGGGGUCUGCACAAACAUACAGUCAUCAAGCCUUGCCAUGUCAAGGACAACAGCUGAUGCCCUAGAAGAGUUACGGAGCUAUAAAGAAUUGAAGGAGCUGUUGCUUACUCAAGGGAAAAGUUCCCAGGUUAUUGAUAAAUAAUGCGGAAGGACCUUCAAGGAGAAAGAAAAUCCUAGUUAUUGAGCAUUUCAUAAUUCAUACCAUCAUCCGACUUCUGAUCUUGUGAAUAGUGUCCGUUCUAGAGGUCUGGUGAGACCCGGGCUUUGUGUUUUUAGUUAUGCCUGGUUUCUACAGAGGUUCUUAUUUCUAAUACGAAGUAUUACCAUUGUGUAUAAAAGCUUUUAUCUUUGAUGUUUUUCAAGGUGUGUAAAGUUCUGCUGGAGAGGUAUUAAGGCAGGCGAAUUUGCAAUAUCACGGAGACCACGAAGCCAAAGAAGAUAUAAACUUUUGAGCUUUGGCUAAUUACCUCAGUUUAUAGUUUACAUUAAGGUGUUUAAUCGAGUCUUUCUAUCCUUGAGAGUUUACAUGUACAUAGUAAUCUAUUUUAUACAUUCCAAAGGUGUAAAAAGGCUAGAGAUACAAAAUUUUAUGUAUAUGCUUGUGCAAGUGUUAGUGAAUCGAUGAGCUCAACCAACCA